AUGAUUAAAAAUAAUAUUAGACCAAGAGCUUCAAGUGAAAGACUUGAUAAGUUGGCUGCUUUAGAAAAUCAAACAAGCCUUGAAUGGAUUAUGAAAAACUCUUAAAUGUUAGAAUUGAAAUCAAAUAUCAAAAUGAUUUCUAAGGAUUCCUUGUCAAUUAAUAUUCAUGUACCAGAACAUGAAGGAGUGGCAACAAUUUGGGGAGAUAAAUGGUUUGGACAAAAAAAGAUUUCAUAAUUUAGAGGCUUAUUGAUUUAUGACAAUCAAUUUUGCCUUGUUUUAAAUGAUUGUUUUAUAGAGAAGAAAAGAUAUUAAUCAUCUCAUUUUAGAGCAUAUUUUUUAAAGCUAAUUAAUCAAACAGGAUAAUUAAUAUUAAUAUUUUCACAUCCAUUAUCUCUAAAAUAAUGGAAUAGUUGUAUUAAGAAAUUUUGCAAAAGAAAUAAUUUUAAUAAAAAAUUUAAAGUAGUAGAAUUGAUAUGUUAAAAUUUUUAUCAAAUUUAACAUAAAAAACAAAAAUCAUUAUUUUCUUCACAGGUGAUUAAUUUAGCUAGCAUUCAAAAUUAUGACUAAGCAGAAUUACUUGACAAUUAUUUAAAAAUCUUAAGAAAUUCUUCUAUAAGUAAUUAUAUUGAAACAAUUGGUGUUUUUGAAGAAAAAUAAAUGUUAUUCAUAGUUUGUAAAUAUUUUAAAGGAAAUUCUCUUGAUUAAUUUUAUAAUUAAUCAAAAAAAUAAUAUUUGAUUUAAUAAUAAAUAGCUACUAUUUGUAUAUCAAUUCUACAUGCCCUAAAAUCUCUUUCAGAAGAAGAAUUGUAUCAUGGUAAAAUUUCUUUUGAAAAUAUUAUUUGUUAUAGUAAUUUGAAAACUUAAUUUGGAACUUAUUUGAUUAAUUCACAUUAUAAAGUAAAUUACAUUAUCAUUUUAGUUUUAUGACUAAAAUACACUUUUUAAGUACAUUUAAUCUACUCCAGCUUAUUUGAUUGCACCUGAAAUAAAAUAAGGAAUUACUCCAUCAAUUUAAACAGAUAUUUAUUAAUUAGGAAUGAUUUUAGGUUUGUUAACAUUUUACAAUUUUUCAUAAACAUUCAAUCAAAAUUAUUUUUAAUAGUAAUCAUCUUGUUUAAUGUAAUUAAUUAUAGAAUAAGAAAAAUUAAUAAUAAAAUAAAAAGAGUCAUAUGAUUAUCCAUAAUUAUUUAGUAUUAGUUAAUUAGAUUUAAUAAAACGAAUGAUUUAACCAAAUCCUAAUCUUAGAAUAAAUAUAAAUGAUGCAUUAAAACAUGUUUGGUUAAUAAAUAAUAAAGAAAAGAAAAUUUAGAAAUUAAUACCUAAUUAAAUAGCAUUUCCUAGUUUAAGAACAAUUAUAGAAAUAAAAGAUAGUGAGUGUGAUAUUAAGAAAACUAUGAAUAAUUUUUCUGAUGAAAAUAGUUCUUUUGUAAAAUAAGAGUAAGAUCCAAAUUCUCUUUUUGUACAAAUAAAGUAACAUUAAAAUAUCAAUUCAGAAACUUUUGUAGAUUCAAAUGAUGAGGAUGAGAAUUUGUUGAAUGACAAAAUAGAAAAGUUAAAUUAAUAAAAUAAUUUGGUUCCUUCAUUUAAAGAUCAUUUUUGUAUGUAUCAAUCAAGAUGCAUUUGA